UUUCACUUGGCCUUUGUGUAUCUGCACUGCACAAAGCGCAGUGUUCUCUCCAUGGGAAUAGAAGCAGAGAACAGCAGCAUGGUGUUAUGGAGCUGACUGUCUAGCAGGCUCAUGAAGGGAGAUUAAUGUCCUCAGCACAUACUUGAUUUUUCAUCUCUGAGCCUCUCUGUAGAGAAAUGGCUCCACUUCCCACCCACCAGCCCUCGUUGAAGCAGAUGUCAAAAUGUCAGUUUAGUCAGGAGACUUUUUUUAUUGGGUGAUUGGAAGGUUGGGUCACAUGUGUUCCUCUUUCAUUUCCCCUUUCUUAUUGUCACUGCUGUUGGAGCAUCUUUCAGGCUGGGAGAGGAGAGGUCCUACUGCAACUGCUGUCUGUGCUCCUCCAUGGAUCUGCUUUGCUUCCUAUUCUGCAUACGGUGCCUUUGCUGAAGUGCUGCACAUGGUGGACCUGAGAAACCCCCAGGACACAUUCCGGGAUGGCAGCUAGGUGACGACAGCUGAGGAUGACCCUGACUGAAAAGCUGCGCGAGAAGAUAUCGCGGGCGUUCUACAACCACGGGCUGCUGUGUGCUUCAUACCCCAUUCCCAUCAUCCUCUUCACUGGCCUCUGUAUCCUGGCCUGCUGCUACCCACUGCUUAAGCUCCCCUUACCUGGAACGGGCCCUGUGGAGUACAGCACCCCGGUGAAGGAUUACUCACCACCGUCUUCAGAGCCAAGCCACCAGCAAGGAGAUCCUAGUGAGAGACCUGAUUGGUACCUGGGUGCCCCCGUGGCCUACAUCCAGCAGAUCUUGGUGAAAGCCACGGUCUCGCCAUGGCACAAGAACUUCCUCGCUGUGGACGUGUUCCGCUCGCCGCUCUCCCGCGUCUUCCAGCUAGUGGAGGAGAUCAGGAACCACGCCCUGAGAGACAGUUCUGGGAUCAGAAGUUUGGAGGAAGUCUGCCUUCAGGUGACAGACCUCCUGCCCAGCUUAAAGAAGCUGCGAGACCUGCUACCUGAACAUGGCUGCCUCCUGCUGUCUCCAGGGAACUUCUGGCAGAAUGACCGAGAGCGCUUUAACUCCGACCCUGAUAUCAUCAAAACUGUCCACCAGCACGAACCAAAGACACUGCAGACAUCGGCUACCCUCAAAGAUCUCUUAUUCGGCGUCCCGGGGAAAUACAGUGGCGUGAACCUGUACAACAGGAAGCGGGUGGUAUCCUACACUGUCACUCUAGCUCUCCAGCGAUAUGAUUCCAGGUUCCUCACCAGCCUCCGCUCCCGGCUGAAGCUGCUGCACCCUAGCCUCAACUGCACCCUGCGGGAGGAGCACAUCGUUCACGUCCACUUCAAGGAAGAGAUCGGCGUUGCUGAGCUGAUCCCCCUCGUCACCACCUACAUCAUCCUCUUCGCUUACAUCUACUUCUCCACACGGAAGAUUGACAUGGUGAAGUCAAAAUGGGGCUUGGCCCUGGCAGCAGUUGUGACGGUGCUCAGUUCUCUGCUCAUGUCGGUGGGUCUGUGCACGCUGUUUGGCCUGACGCCUACUCUCAACGGAGGGGAGAUUUUUCCGUACCUGGUGGUGGUGAUUGGCCUGGAGAAUGUGCUGGUUCUUACCAAAUCUGUCGUCUCCACACCCGUCGACCUGGAAGUGAAACUGAGGAUCGCACAAGGCUUGAGCAAUGAGAGCUGGUCUAUUAUGAAGAACAUGGCUACAGAGCUUGGGAUCAUCCUGAUUGGUUAUUUCACGCUCGUCCCGGCCAUCCAGGAGUUUUGCCUCUUUGCUGUGGUUGGCCUGGUGUCCGACUUCUUUCUACAGAUGUUUUUCUUCACCACCGUGCUGUCCAUUGACAUUCGCCGGAUGGAGCUCGCUGACCUGAACAAACGGCUGCCAGCAGAAGCCUGCAUGCCCCCAGCAAAGCCAGUGAGUCGCUCCCAGAGAUACGAGCGCCAGCCAGCCAUGCGGCCAGCCACCCAGCACACCAUUACCCUGCAGCCGUCAUCCUUCAGGAAUCUGCGCCUGCCCAAGAGGCUGCGGGUCAUCUACUUUUUUGCCAGGACCCGACUGGCCCAGCGGCUCAUCAUGGCUGGAACGGUGAUUUGGAUUGGAAUCCUGGUGUACACAGAUCCCGCUGGCCUCCGCACCUACCUCACGUCACAGGUCACAGAGCAGAGCCCGCUGGGAGAAGCAGGACUGCCUCCCAUGCCAGUUCCUGGAGGGGUCCUUCCAGCUGGGGAUGCCAAGCUCUCCUUCUCGGUCUUCCCCUCGGAACCCGUGCAGCUGUCAGAGAACCAGACGCAGCAGCAGCGCGAGCAGAAGGAAGGGCUAGAGUCCCGGAAUGGGCUGGAGGCAAAUCAGCAGCCGUGGGCCCAGGGACCGGAGAACCAAGGCAGUGGGCAGCCAGAGCCGGGCACCAAGGCAGAGGUCACAUGGGGUGUGGAGGAUGAGGAGAUCUGGAGGAAGCUCUCCUUCCGACACUGGCCAUCCCUCUUCAGCUACUACAACAUCACCCUGGCCAAAAGGUACAUCAGCAUCCUCCCAGCCAUCCCUGUCACCUUAUACCUGAAUCCACGAGAAGCCUUAGAAGUGCGCCACCCUCAGGAGGCUAAUCGCUACCACUCUUUCUUCCCUUCGAGCCUCGGGAAAUUGGAGGCGGUGGAUCGGCCUGGUGAGGCCUUGCCCAAACUGCAGGGACACCGGGACGUCACGCUGUACAAGGUAGCUGCUCUGGGCCUGGCCUCUGGCAUCCUCCUGGUUCUUCUGCUCUUCUGCCUGUACAGAGUGUUCUGCCCCAAAAACUAUGGGCAGAACGGGCUCUCGCACAGCCGGAGGAAGAGAGGGGACCUGCCCUGUGACGACUAUGGCUAUUCCCCACCUGAGACCGAGAUCGUCCCCCUGGUCCUCAGGGGUCACCUCAUGGAUAUCGAGUGCCUGGCCAGUGACGGGAUGCUGCUCGUCAGCUGCUGCCUGGUGGGUCAGAUCCGAGUGUGGGAUGCUCAGACCGGAGACUGCCUUACUGUCAUCCCCAAACAAGGGUUGCGCAGAGACAGCAGCGGCAUCUUUGAUUACCAGGAGAGCUGGGAUCACAGCCCAGACCCCAAGAACGGGCUGGAAGAUCCCUUCGACAACAGCCACCUGCUCAAGAGGAUGCUGAGCCCCCCGCAGCCCCCUCUGUUCUGCAACCAGCCAGACCUCACCUCUCUCAUCGACACCAACUUCUUGGAGCAGGCCAAGGUGGUGGAUCCAGAGCCCAGGCACCGCGCAGUCUGCGGCCGGCACAAGGACACUGGCUACAACUUCGGCAGACUGGUAGAGAAGGUCUAUGAGGAGCAGAGCGUUUCGAACUGCAUGAACUUCGCUGGCUUCCCAGCCACACACGGGCAGGUGGUUUCCUGCACUAGGACGGGCAGCACCAGGCCCCUGAACUGCGGGACUGGGGAAGGAGGGUGCAGCGCCCGCAGGAAGAGCCUAGGGGACGAGCCUUUGGCUGGUUUUGAAAAGUCCUCCCCUGUCUCUGCCUGGGCCAGUGAUUUGGAAAGCUCUGUCUGGAGCCUGGAUCUGCGGGGCAACCUCAUUGUGGCUGGCCGGAGCAACGGGAAGCUGGAGGUGUGGGAUGCCAUCGAGGGGACCUUAUGGUGCAGUAACGAGGAGAGUCAGUCCGGAAUCACAGCACUCGUCUUCCUGAACAACAGGAUUGUGGCUGCCAGGCUGAACGGCUCCUUGGAUUUCUUCUCUUUAGAAACCCACUCAUCCUACAACCACCUGCAGUUCCGAGGAACCCCUAGCAGGAGCAGCAUCCCAUCCUCCCCUGUGUGCAGCAGCAAUGACCUCAUCGUGUGCCAGCUGACCCACACGGUGCCCUGUGCCCAUCAGAAGCCAAUCACGGCACUGAAAGCUGCGGCUGGGCGGCUGGUGACAGGCAGCCAGGACCACACUCUGAAAGUGUAUCGGCUGGAAGAUUCCUGCUGCUUGUUUACACUGCAGGGUCACUCAGGAGCAAUUACAGCUGUGUACAUAGACCAGGCGAUGGGGCUAGCGAGCGGGGGCCAGGAUGGUGCCAUCUGCCUUUGGGACGUGCUGACAGGAAGCAGGGUCAGUCACAUGUACGCCCACCGCGGGGACGUCACCUCGCUGACCUGCACUACCUCCUGCGUGAUCAGCAGUGGCUUGGAUGAUGUGAUCAGCAUCUGGGACCGAAGCUCCGGGAUCAAACUCUAUUCCAUCCAGCAGGACCUGGGGUGCGGGGCCAGCCUGGGGGUGAUCUCUGAUAACCUGCUGGUGACGGGAGGCCAGGGCUGCGUCUCCUUCUGGGACAUCGGCUACGGCGACCUGCUGCAAACGGUCUACUUGGGGAAGAGCAACGAGUCACAGCCGGCCCGGCAGAUCCUGGUGCUGGAGAACGCUGCCAUCGUCUGCAACUUCGGCAGCGAGCUCAGCCUGGUCUACGUGCCCUCGGUGCUGGAGAAACUGGACUGAGGGGGCGGAGCUGGGCCCUGCGGGUUACCAUAUCUGAGUUCUGAUUGGACAGCGCCUGGGGUAGGAGGACAGGGCAGGAGCUCCAGGGGGGUUCCCAGGAGAGCCCCUGCUUCUCCUUCCCUUCCUCCCCCUCCCCAGCUCCUUGGAUCCCAGGUGCUGCCCCUGCAGCUGCCUGGGUGGGGCUGAGCCCUGCUCUGCCUGUGCCCCCCUCCCAGACACCCCCACCCCGCUCUUUCUCCGCAGGUCAGUUCCUCCUUUGGGGCUGCGGCUGAGCUCAGUGGGGACGGGACCCAGCUCAUGGAUCUGCAGUCCGGGAACGUGUGUCCGCUGCUCGGCGCUGAGUGCCAGCGGCCCGGCACAUCCCUGGCUGGGCUGCACAGCAGGUGGCCAGAAAAUCGAGGAGCAGUCAGUGGGAUGGGGCUUAACCGAGCCUGGUCGGUGCCAUGCUGUGGGGUUGGGGAGCAUGGGGGCCCAGUGCCCAUGGGGCACUGACGAUACAUGGGGGAACGCCCGCUAGAGUUGGGGAGGAGGCUGCAGGUGGUGCAGGGCAGGGCAGGGCAGGGCAGGGCGAGGCCUAGUGGUCUGUUUGCAGGAUGGGGAGCCUGGCCCUGCUGUGUCCAACACCAGGCUUGGCUGCUGCCUCCAGCAUGGGCCUGGAGCUCUCCCUGGGAUGUUUCUGCAGCUGUGAAGCAGGCAAACCCUGCCCUGCCUCCUGGAGACUGGAACGCCUGGAGAAUGUGGCCCAGUGCUUCGGGGGGCACUGCCCAGGGUAGCCAUGGGGCCCUUCAGUGCAGGGAGAGGGAGCCCAUGCCGGCAUUGCUAGGGGUGCGAGAUGCUGUACAGACACGGGUGCCAGGCCUGGGCCCCACAGGGCAGGGGCCAUGUACAUUACAGUGUCUCCCCCUGAGGCGGGCCCUGGCUCAAAUGAAAUCCUGCCCAGGGCCAGUGGGCCUUUCCUGCAGGGAAUAAGGGCAGCUUAGACCCUAGAAGGGAUGGGGCCUCACCCCCCGUUGUGUCCUGGCUGGCAUUCAAUGCCCACCACCCCUGUGCUUCCCCAGCGCUGCCUACAGGUGCGGGCCCUGCCCAGGGAGGGGGGCUGGGGCCAGAGCAUCCAGCUGUGGUCGGGCUCCCUGGCCCCGGGGGAUCCCCUGCUCCCCUGGCUUGGGCUGUGGCAGCGUGCAGGGCUGAGGGGGGAUGUUAAUUCACUGGCUGGUGUAGCUCAAGCAGGCGCCAUUAACCAGCGCUGGCGGCUGCUUGGGGAGGGGAGGGGGGAGAUGAGCAGCAGGUGAAAGCAGAAGCUGACCCCUCGCCACCCCCUUUAUUAGCACUGGGCUCUGUCUCUCUGCCUCGGAACAAGAAGGGCGUGCUGGGCUCUGCCCCGGAGAGCCCUGUAUGCCCACAUCACCUGCCCUAUUUAUUGUUACGCUGUAUAUAUUUAUUUAUUACGGUGGGUGAGCCAGGGGGCAACCUGCAGCCCGUGGCCAGGGCUGUCCCAACUGCAGCAAAUGCUGGCAGCUCCCUGCUGCUCUGGGGCACCAGGACCCUGACUCCAGGACAGCCCAGAGCAGAGCCAGGGGGCAGCUGAACUCUGGCUGCUGGCACAAUAAAGGAGCGUGCAUUGGGCCAGGACAUGUAUGCAGAGGCUGGGAACUGGGGCAGCUUCCUUGAGCUCUUGGACACCCCCCUUGCCCCCCCCCCCCAAGUAAGUGGUUGGCUUUAUUGGUCUCUGGAGGAGGGUGGCUGCACCAUUGCCCCCUUCUUGGGGGCCAGCCAUGGGCAGGGCCCCUCUGUCCAGAUACCGGAUGUGAAGCCCUCUCCAGGGAGAUGUCACUGCAAGCAUGGCUGCAGGCCCAGCAGCCAGCACGUCCCAUGGGACCAAGCAGGGCUUUUCCAUCACUGCUGUUGGGGCAGUCUCCCGGCCGAAAGAGCCAGGGGACCCAGGGUUCUGGGAGCCCAACUCUGGCCUGAUCACGUCAUUGACUAUAUGAGCCUACGGCGUAAGCUGGAGGGGGUCUCCUCCCCACAGCAGGGACAGUCACCACCUCUGGUCAGCACAAACCUACCUUGGGCAUGUAGCCAGGUGCCUCCAGCACCUGAGCUGGUUUCCCUGGGAAUGGGAGAAGGCACCUUCCCAGGCCCCGGAGCUGCGUGCAGGGGGUCAGGCAGCAUGUCUGUCCUCAGUACCAGCACUGGGAGGGGUGGCAGAGUGGUUCCCCAGGGCCGCCUCCUGGCUUGCUCGCCAGUCUAGUGUCUGCUCUGGGGAAAGCCUGGCCGGUGGUGACCACAGCAUGUGACCAUUUUGCGAAGGGAACAGGAAGCUGGAGGAGCCUGGCUUGACCAGCCCUGCGGCCAGGCCUUUGAGGCCGUUGGUCAGUAGCUGGGGGGAGCCCUACAGGCGAGGAGCCCAAAGGUUUAUUUCACUCUACAUGACGUGCUGCUCAAGCACCUGUUCGUGUGUGAUGUAACGCUGUGCCUGUAGAGACCCACUGUAUGGCCCAGGCCUUAUGAGCCCUGAGGCCGAGAGCUGCUGAGACCUAACCUCCCCUCAACUCAGCAGUGGGGCAGGUGAGCUGAGGGCCCAGACAACGCUGUGGCUCUGGUGGGACCUGCCGUAUGGGAGCAGGCUGGCCCCUGAAAGUCCAGCCACUGCUGCAAGCAGCUUGGGGGGCCGGGGGGUGUGUGUGUGGAGGGGUUUCCUGCUCCUGAGCCUGUGGGCCGUGUGCUCGCUUGCUGAUGCCCUGGCUGUGUCUGUCCUGCCUUGGGUGGCCUUAGCCCUGCUGUACGCUUUGUACUGUACAGUGGAAGCUUUUUUUGUACCAGAUUGUGUUUUAUAACCUGUACAAAGACACAUUAAACCAAACUAACUGAAA